UUCGAUUCGCGACGUCACCUGCGCGGCGUCGAGCUGACGUGCGCGUGCGCGUGCGCAGACGUAUCGGCGCGAAAAUUUAAAAACAGUGAAGCCAGUGGCCGGCAAAAGAGAUCUUAAAUAAAGCAGUAUGUUUAUAUUUAAACGCGCUCCUUAUUAAUUGUUGUUGUAUAUUGUUUUACUGAUAUAUAUAUAUAUAUAUAUCCGGAUACGAGAUUCCCCGAAGUCGAGUAAGACAGAAACAAUAAGCGCUGCAAUGAGCGUCUCAUCGACGCCCCAGUCCGGGCCUCGCUCGCACGUCGUGGCCGAUCUCGUCUCGGAGACGCGGUUCGUCUCUCCGUCCACCCAGCGCCGGCAUGUCCAGCAGACCAGCACCCCGCUGCUCGCCGGCUUCCCCGGCAACGAUGACGAGCUGGAGCGAAGGCAGCGGCGAAGGUCAAGGGUCAUCGACCUGCAUCUCAGCAGCCUGGACACCUCGCUGGCAGAGUCCCCGGCACAGCGGAGUGUGACAGGGACGCCUGCAUCUGUCCCUAAGCUGUCCAACGCACAGAUUUCUGAACAUUAUUCUACCUGCAUCAAACUGUCAACCGAGAAUAAAAUCACCACCCGGAAUGCGUUUGGGCUGCACCUGAUUGAUUACAUGUCCGACAUCCUGAGAGAGAAGGACUCUGAGCUCACCAACUUCAAGGUAGCUGCAGGUACCCUGGACGCCAGUGCGAAGAUCUACGCUGUGCGGGUCGAUGCGGUCCACGCAGAUACAUACAGAGUGCUGGGAGGACUGGGAAAGGACUCCAAACCAGGGCCAGAGGGGGAGCAAGAGGCCCAGGAGGAGGAAGGCGGGGAGUCCGAGGGGGCGAAGAAACCGAAACGAAAGAAACCCUCCAACAAGAAGACAGUGGAGCAGAACCUGAACAACAUCAACAGCUCGGAGUCCGAGAGGAAGUGUGAGGUGGACCCCAUGUUUCAGAAGAUGGCGUCCUCGUUCGAUGAGUCCAGCACUGCCGGAGUGUUCCUGCCGGUUCUGCGCAGUUUCGAUUGCUACAGCGAGCUGCUGUUCCACUCCGACGUCACGCCCCUGCGCUCCGGCCCGUCCAGGGAGCUGCCCCCCGUCUCCCGCGUCUCUGUGGCUCGCCUCCGAGCCUCCCUGCAGCAAGCCCAGGAGAAAGCCUCAAUCUGCCCCUCCCUGGAAGAUUUCUCCUUCACUCAGUGGACCAGCGAGUCUUACAACCAGAACGUGUCGGAGAUGCUGGAGAAGCACAAGCGUGGCGAUCACGUGUUCGACGUCCACGCGGACCCGGAGAGCGAGCCGUGGGACUGCGGGCCCGGGGGGGACGAGGACUUCGACGCCGACGCCUGCGAGGAGGGGAAGGAGGGAGACGUGAGCCGGGACGAGGAGCGCCGCGAGGGCUGCACCGCCAGAGAGCGCCACCGAGACGUUAUCCCCAUCGGGGAGGGGGAUAUCGGGACCAUGUGCCUGCAGCUGUCCUCCAAACCCGGGGAGUACUCCUACUUCAGCCCCAGGACCAUGUCGAUGUGGGCAGGCCCCGGCCACUGGCGCUUCAAACCGCGACACAAGCAGGAUGACGUCCCGGAGAAGGAAAAGAAGAAAAGGAAAGCCAAGAAAGUCUUCGAGCUGAACUUCGACGAAGACGUCAACUUCGAGGUCUACUUCCGGGUCACCAGGGCAGCAACGACCUUCGCCAAGUCUGCCCUGGACAAGCCGAACAAGAAGACGACUCUGCCAGCAGACUUCCACUACGAGCCAGACCGGCUCCUGAGACUGAGCCUGAAGCCAGCCAGCACGCUCUCGAAAUUGUCGAAAAAGCGCCUCUCUGGGGAGCAUGAGGACGGGAUCGGGGAGUACGACUAUAACAACCCCAACGACACGUCAAACUUCUGUCCAGGGGUGCAGAUGGGAGACAGUGAUGAUGAUGAUGACCACAGUGGCUUCAGGGGUCCGGACGGCAUGUUUGAGAUGACUGGUCACCCCAGCGCAGGAGAGAACGGGCUGCCGGGCAGCGCCAGCGGGCAGGACAUCACCUCGUACGGGGAGGACAACCUGGUGGCAGAGCCACAAAAGGUGAAUAAAAUCGAGCUCAAUUACGCAAAGACAGCGAAGAAGAUGGACAUGAGGAGGCUGAAGAGGAGCAUGUGGUGCCUGCUGACAGACCGGGAGGACAAGGCUGUGGAGGAGGACGAGGAGGAGAGAGAGGUGACGGGAGAGAAGACUUUCGGUAAAUCAACCAGGGGACUUCUACACAGGCUGCCCUCUACGAUGGCAAAGAACCUGUCUGUAGCGCUGGCCUUCGCCGCGCUCCUGCACCUAGCCAACGAGAAGAAUCUGGAGUUGCAGAAAGUGGAAGAUUUGUCAGACAUUCUCAUAAAACAAGGCCACUGAAAAAAGACUUAUUACUGUGUUUUUUGAAUUGUAUUUUUUUCAAUUGUUUUUACGGAUGUUAAAUAUUUUAUGACUUUUUUUAACGUCUUUUGUUUCACACACCUUUUAACGUCUUCGUAAAUGUUGUGUUUUUUUUCAAUCGCUGUCUUCUCCGAAAUAUAAUUAAGAAAAAUAACCCAACUAUAAAACCGCGUGAAGUCUCUGUCUUACUGGCUGUUAUAUUUAGCAUUUCUCCUCUCCUCUCUCUCUUUCUCCCUUUUAAAACAACAAAUAAAGGGAGGCGGUCCAUGAUCGUGAAGUUACAGCCCAGAACAGAACCAGAUCUUUAAUGUUCGAAACACAAACUCUCUUCUCUCUCCCGUCUUUUUUUUUAAAAAAUUAAUUGAUUAUUAUUUUAUUCUUGCGUUCUUUACACUAGGGUAAACCCUCGUUCAAUUCUCACAUUCAACAAGAUCAGAUGCGUGUUUCUUGUCUGGUUUGAAAUCUUUAUUUUCCCCUUUUUCGGUUUCUGCUAUAUUUUGUAGCAAAAAGGUCGUUGAGAGAUGAAACGGUAGACGCUUCGUGACAGAGAUAAGGAGAGACCUUUUUAUUAAACUAACUGAACAAUAAUGAAUCGCAAGACCUCAAAGGUCUCUUGGCGUGAAAUCCUGCCCCUACCCCUGCCCCUUACACCUGAAGGAGACCUCCUGAGGUCUCUCAAGCCUGUGAUUUAUAGUUUAGUUAGUGUUAAAGGCAUUGCAUCGGGUCUUUGUAAGGUCGAAUCCUGCAUUCUCUCACUUGCUCUGUAGAGCCGAUUCUUUAUUGUAGGAAUGUUUUUGAAUCAGUCUUCCUUAAUUAGGAGAUCGUCACCCACUCAGUAGAAUUACAGAUAUGCGUGAAAGGGUGACACUUAAAAAUAACCCAGAUCAACGCUUUGCAAAUGAUCAAUAUUGUGGGACUGUCCUCCUUUUAUUUAAGAAAAUUCACUUUCUGUAUUCUUGUUUUAAUGUCUGUGUUUUAACUUGACUGCUUUGUUCUGAGUCGGGUUUGUAUGAAAUGCCCCCCCUUUUUUAAAAGCUUUUAAAGUUUUAUUCUCAUCUGUACAGUUUUCCUAAAAGUAUUUCACCUCUUCAAAGCAUCUUACUCCCUUAAUAAAAAAAUAUUUUGAA